GGAGCGAGCCUUUUUUGUGUUUGGAGAGGUCUGCCACCAUGCCUGAUCCGUCCAAAUCGGCUCCCGCGCCCAAGAAGGGCUCCAAGAAGGCGGUCACCAAGGCGCAGAAAAAGGACGGCAAGAAGCGCAAGCGCAGCCGCAAGGAGAGCUACUCUAUCUACGUGUACAAGGUGCUGAAGCAGGUGCACCCCGACACCGGCAUCUCGUCUAAGGCCAUGGGCAUCAUGAACUCGUUCGUCAACGACAUCUUCGAGCGCAUCGCCAGCGAGGCCUCCCGCCUGGCGCACUACAACAAGCGCUCGACCAUCACGUCCCGCGAGGUGCAGACGGCUGUGCGCCUGCUGCUGCCCGGCGAGCUGGCCAAGCACGCCGUGUCCGAAGGUACCAAGGCCGUCACCAAGUACACCAGCUCCAAGUGAGGCGCGCCGGGCGCCCCGGAACCCAAAGGCUCUUUUCAGAGCCACCCACACAAUCGAAAAAGGGUUUCGAACACGGUGAAGGGUUGUCAUGUGAACCAAUUUCGUUCUGUGCGUCCUAGCGGUUUCCUGGUUGUGGGGUCUGUGUGUGCGCGAGCUUGUGCGUAUGUGAGCGGAAUGCAAGAAUGUGUAUUUAUGGAAGUCUGGGAUGGUAACCGUGGUCAGGCGAGCAAGGAUCCCAUGUCCUUCCUCCUUUUUGCUUGGGGCUGUUAAUGCGUCGCUAGUCGAAGUAGGAGCCUUGAGCUCUGCGUCUUCGGUGGCUGCAGUGUAUCCCCGGCGCUUCCGCGCGUGGACUCCCAGGCCCCGGACAGUCUGCGCGUGGCGUGCGCCUGUGGAUGAGGGGCGCGGGUCACCUCUUCCAGGAGGUCCUCGUGCCAACCUUUCCUCCCCAGUGUCCCUGAUGAAUGAACCCUGGAGGUAAGGACUUGGUUGCGCAGUCAGGGCGGUGGCGCCUGGAGCUGCAUCGCUGCCUGGACCAGACAUCUUUAUCCUCAAGCAGUGAACAUUUUCGGGAGGAUGUUUGCGUGGCUGGAUCUUGCAGCGGCAAAUGUUUGAAACCAAAAGGGAAAUGGAAGCGUCCUGUGCGCGGGAGCCAAAUGUAAUAUGCCGACUCUUGCUGCGAGUAGCUUUAACCUACGUGGGGAUGGGGGAGAUAAGUUCAAGAGGAAAAUAAUUCCCUUUCUCUGUAAUUACCCCUUUUCUGAACAAAUCAGCCCCCUCCCGUUUCAGCCACAUUGUUAUUUUCUGUGAAGCGUCAGUGACGCAGAAUUUCCCCUUUCUUUGAAUUUAUGGCAUUUAAUUUGGAAAGUGUCCUCUUGGCUCGGAGAAAGCGCUUUGGCACGAAGAGUCUUCACGUGGGAAAAGACGUCACUUUGCCUUUUCCUUCGUUUGGCUUUUCUCAUUUGUAAAUAAGGGAUUCCUAACAAUCGCUUCUUUGAGCAGUUUUGAGUCUUAGAUGUAUUGAAACGUCGUGUCAUCGUCUCAGGCAGGGAGCAGACAGACACAAUGAAAGAUAAGAGUCGUGGUUUUGCAAAUCAUCUCUCCAAAGGAAGCCGGUCGGGUACCGGGCUGGGCGGGAGGGUCUGGGGAGAGAACGUCACCACCCGAGGGUCCUCCGCCCCAGCGGCUGGAAGCCCACCCACCCAUUCCUUCUGCGUGGGUCCAGUCUAAAGGAUUUAAAACCUCACGUUUUUCAGUUGUCAUCUAAAAUAUUUUUAUCCUUAGUUCUAGUAGUUAUAAGGACACAAAUCGCAACACAGGACGUUUUAAAAAGCAAAAUGAUUGCAACAAAAAUUUUUAAAGAAAUGUUUGAAUAUUCGUAAAGUUCUUGAGCUUUUAUACAUUUUCAAAAUCUUUUUAUUGAGAUGUAGUUAACACACGACCACAUCAAUCUUUUCAAGAUAUCUAUUGAAAUAGCAAUUCGAUACCAUAAUCAGUUCAUGAAACACAUGAUCAAAUUCUUCGUUAACACGGAGAUAGUCUAGCUGAUCCUUUUUUUUCUCCCUGAACUCAUUCCCAUUGCAUCUCUCAGAGUUGCAUCCAAAUGUAACAUAUUUUUAAGUGUUUUAUCUACUACCUUUCCUUAUCCAAAAAAAUAAAUAAAAGGUAUGUAAAUUGAAAUCUAAAAAUACUUGUAAGGUGAAGAAAGUGUUUAAAAAAUCUGGGCAGUAUGCAAUUGCUGAAAACGUAAGUUUUGGUACAUAGUUAUCAAAGAUAUAUAAUUAGGGGCGCCUGGGUGGCUCAGUCGUCCAGUGUCUGCCUUGGGCUCAGGUCAUGACCCGAGGUCCUGGGAUCAAGUCCUGCAUCGGGCUCCCUGCUCAGCGGGAAGCUUGCUUCUCCUGUCUCCCACUCCCCCUGCUUGUGUUCCCUCUUUCGAUAUCUCUCUCUAUCAAAUAAAUAAAAUCUUAAAAGAAAAAAAGAUAAUUAUAAGUAAUUCUCAAUCAGAAUUUUAGUGAAACCUACGUCAUUGGGUGAGAUUGAUGAUGGCUCUCCCCACCCUAUUGGCUCAGUUUAUGCAUCCAUGGGCAUGUGUAGUAUUGUUAUGGUUACAGUGAGAGCGGUGUGCCUUAUUGCUUUCCCUUUACCUUCUUUUUUAGAUAUAUGCUCUGAAACAAUAUUUACAAACAAAACAAAACAAAAACACCCAAACAAACCCAUAGAUACAGAAAUUUUGUCAUGGCUAUUUUACUCAAUUCUUUUCUCCUAGUUAUAAUCCCAAAAUUUGAAAACGGUGAUGUAUCAUCAAAAUCAACACCUUUAAUCUUAAGAGAUGUCUGAUUCAUAUUGAACACUACAGAAUCCAGCCCUCCACUAUGAAGCAGGGGCCUCCUGAUUGGGUCUGAGCUCUCAGCCCUCUACUCAAGUAGAUUAGGAGUCAGUAUCUUAAUAAGUACUUCUGGUAACAGGAACUAGUCUCCCAGGUCCACAGGAUUCUCCGCCUGAAUAAUUAGCUUAAGACAUAGGUUUAAUAAAAUGAAACUUGUCUCCCGCACUGUGUGAUUGUGCUAGCAGUAGAAAACAAAAAUAAAAUCAAGACGCAAAAUAAACAAUUCCCAAAUACAA